AUGGGUAGUGUCUGUUGUCGAGAUGACUCUAGAUAAUAAAAAGGUUGUCUUAUCAUUAGUAUUGUAGAUGAGUUAGAUACAUCGCCUAAUCCUGAUGCAGCAAAGCCUCCAGAAUAAAAAGUCUCACUUUCCCAACAAGGAAGCAAAAAAUCAUAAGUUGAAGAAAUUCAAGUUUAAGUUGAGAAUAAAUAAAAUGAAUAUGUUUUGGAAAGUGAACCCCAUAAUGAACUUGAGUAAAAAUAACCUGUAACUAACAAAGAAGAAAUACCUAAAAAUUCAGAGAUUGUUUAAUCACAAAAAAGGACUACUGAACAAAAUAAAGGCGAGGUAAUGAAAGCUAGUUUGGAGGCAGAUUCAAAAUCUAAAAAAAUGAUUAAAUUGGGGUUUGAUAUAUUUGUGAAAUAGAAGGAGGGCUCAAUAGGAUCACAUUACAAUUUUGGUAAGGUUUUGGGUUAAGGUGCAUUUGGUAAGGUAUGGAAGGUGACUCAUAAAACUACUGGGUUGAUAAGAGCAAUUAAAUAGAUCAAGAAAAGUUCAAUAAUUAAAGAAGAAGAGCAGAGAUUGUUCUCCGAAAUGAAUAUUUUAAAAAACUUAGAUCAUCCUCACAUCGUUAAAUUAUUUGAACUAUAUUAAGAUGAGAAUAAUUAUUAUUUAGUAACUGAAUAUUUAUCAGGAGGAGAACUAUUUGAUCGGAUAAAAAAGAUGUCUUCAUUUAGUGAGAGUAUAGCUGCAGAUUAUAUUCGAUAAAUAUUAUUGGCCACAUUAUAUUGUCAUGAGUAAAAUAUAGUACAUAGAGAUUUGAAACCUGAAAAUAUCAUUUUUAUAAGUGAAGAUCCCCAAUCUUAACUGAAAGUAAUUGAUUUUGGGACCUCACGGAAAUUCGACAAUUAAAAGGCAAUGAGCAAAAGACUAGGAACACCAUAUUAUAUUGCACCAGAAGUUCUUGGACAUUCUUAUACUGAAAAAUGUGACAUUUGGUCUUGUGGAGUGAUCCUGUAUAUUUUGUUAUGUGGUUAUCCACCAUUUGUGGGGAAAACCGAGAAUUAAAUAUUAGAGAGAGUUAAAUUAGGCAAAUUUACUUUUGAUCCUGAGGAUUGGGAUACAGUUUCUAAAGAGGCCAAGGAGUUUAUCACCAAAUUGCUUAGAAUGGAUCCAACUAAGCGAUUAUCCGCCAAAUAGGCUUUAGAAGAUCCUUGGCUGAUUAAGUAUGCCCCAUCAACUUAAAUCAACAAAAAAGUCUUAAAUAAUCUCAGAUAAUUCUAAGCAGAAACCAUAUUAAAGUAAGCUCUAAUGUCAUACAUGAUUACACAAAUGUCAACUCAAAAGGAAUUGUAAGAUUUGCAAGAGGAAUUUCAAAGAUUAGAUGAAAAUAAUGAUGGUUUUUUAUCCAAAGAUGAACUAUUAAAAGGAUAUAUCCAAAUCUAAACUGAUUCGAAAUUGGCAGAGGAUGAGGUUGAAAGAAUACUUUAGAUGAUUGACAUUAAUAGAUCAGGUUAGAUUGAUUUUUCAGAAUUUUGCAUGGCUGCUAUGAAUCAAGAGAAAUUAUUAUCAGUCUAAAGAGUUGAAUAAGCAUUUAAGAUCUUUGAUUAAAAUGGAGAUGGUUUUAUUUCUAAAAAGGAAUUAGAGGCAAUUAUGGGGGAUUUGGGUGAUGAUGUUUGGAAUCAGAUACUAACUGAUUGUGACAACAAUGGAGAUGGGCAAAUAUCCUAUGAAGAAUUUGUUAAAAUGCUAAAGAAUAAAAAACUUUGA